CCACUGUACUGUAAAGUUUACAGGAUGACGUCAUUACCAAGGAGACGUAUUGAAACAUGGCGGCCGCCUGGUUGGUGAUUUGAUACCCACAACAACACUUCGACCCGCCUUUUUGUCUUUCCAGAUAACCGUUCGUCUUUAUUGUCAGGACCUAUGCGAGGAAAAGACACUAGUUAACUGAGGGACGAAAUUUAGACUGUCGCAGCCAUGUCCAAGCGUGAGAGAGACAAGCCCAAGUCCCUGUCCACCCACAAACUGGGCCGCUCAGCGAGCGGGACCGUCAGCUACGAGGACCUGAUUGUGGCGCAGUAUCUGGACGAGAUCAGGAAGGCGACCAAGGACAAGGGAGCCACCCACACCCCAUCCCCCUACCUACAGCAGCUGCUGAAUGGAGGCAUCCGGUACGCGCAGGGGACCGGCCCCGGAAAGGGGGCCGCGCGGCCGAUGUCAGCGUCCGUACAAGGCCGCUCUGCCUCGCGGGAAAGGUCGAGGAUCGACGCCAAGUUCAUAGCAGAUCCUGCAGGGUUUGAAGCAGAACAGAAGACCAUGAAGGAAAAGAGAAAAAGGCCAUCCAGUGCUCCAGCUACUAGGAAUAGAGCCAGGUAGGAGAGAACAGCUA